AUGGCGGCAUUCGAGGACGAACAACCGGAGUCCGAGUACGGCGCGGUGAAAAAAGUCUCCGGCCCAGUCGUGAUCGCGGAGAACAUGUACGGCGCAGCCAUGUACGAGCUCGUCAGGGUCGGAGGAGAUCAACUCAUCGGGGAGAUCAUUCGGCUCGAAGGCGACACGGCGACGAUUCAGUGUUACGAAGAAACGGCAGGUUUGACCGUCGGGGAUCCGGUGCAACGGACGAGACAACCGUUGUCGGUGUCCUUAGGCCCAGGCGUGAUGGGGAACAUCUUUGAUGGGAUUCAACGGCCGUUGGAAACGAUUGCGCAAUUGAGCGGCGACUGCUUCAUUCCGAGAGGGGUGAACGUGCCGGCGUUGGACAUCGCGAAGACGUGGGAGUUCCAACAUCCCAAAGGCGGAGAGAAUAAGAGGUAUAAGGUUGGCGACCACAUUUCUGCCGGGGAUAUUUUUGCAGUCGUUCCGGAAAACGUGUUGAUUAGUCACAAAAUCAUGUUACCACCGAACGCGAAAGGGAAAAUCACGUACUUGGCGGAGGAAGGCGAGUACGAUUUGAAAGAGAAAGUUAUCGAGGUCGAGUUUAAUGGCGAGAAGAAGGAGUUUACGAUGUUGCAGCAGUGGCCAGUGAGAGCGCCAAGACCGACGGCGGAGAAAUUAGCCGCGAAUCAUCCGUUGUUAACCGGUCAGAGAGUGUUGGAUAUUAUGUUCCCUUCGGUGCAAGGCGGAACGUGCGCGAUUCCAGGCGCGUUUGGGUGCGGAAAGACGGUCAUUUCGCAAGCGCUGUCGAAGUAUAGUAACUCUGACGGGAUUAUUUACGUCGGUUGUGGUGAACGAGGGAACGAGAUGGCGGAAGUGUUGUACGAGUUCCCGGAGUUGACGAUGACGUUGCCGGACGGUUCGGAAGAAAGCAUCAUGAAGCGAACGACGCUGGUGGCGAACACGUCGAACAUGCCAGUCGCGGCGAGAGAGGCUUCGAUUUAUACCGGGAUCACCUUAGCAGAGUAUUUUAGAGACCAAGGGUAUAACAUCUCUAUGAUGGCAGAUUCCACGUCUCGAUGGGCCGAGGCGUUGAGAGAGAUUUCAGGGAGAUUAGCGGAAAUGCCGGCGGAUUCUGGUUAUCCGGCGUAUUUAGGCGCCAGAUUGGCAUCGUUCUACGAGAGAGCAGGAAGAGUGAAGUGUUUAGGUUCGCCGUCGAGAGAAGGUUCCGUGACCAUCGUCGGCGCGGUUUCUCCUCCGGGCGGGGAUUUCUCCGAUCCAGUCACCUCCGCAACCUUAGGUAUCGUCCAAGUCUUUUGGGGUUUGGAUAAAAAGUUGGCGCAGAGAAAACACUUUCCUUCCGUCAACUGGUUGAUUUCGUACUCGAAAUACAACAACGCGUUAGAACCGUUUUAUGAGAAGACGGAUCCGACGUUUUUGAAGACGCGCGCGAAAGCUCGGGACGUUUUACAAAAAGAAGACGAAUUGAACGAAAUCGUUCAAUUAGUCGGUAAGGAUUCGUUAGCAGAGAGCGAUAAAAUUACGUUGGAAACUGCCAAGUUUUUGAAGGAGGAUUUUCUUCAACAAAACUCGUUCACGCCGUACGAUAAGUACUGCCCGUUUUACAAGUCCAUCGCGAUGUUGAAAAACAUCGUCUUGUUUUACGAUUUAUCCAACGCCGCGGUUGAGAGAACACAAAUGACCGACGGAGCUAAGAUUACGUUUAACGUCAUCCAAGCGCGAAUGGGAGAUUUGAUGUAUAGAAUUGCCAGUCAAAAGUUUGAAGACCCGGGGGAUGGAGAAGACGUGGUGCAACAAAGAUUGACGCAAUUAGAAGCCGAUUUGAUCGACGCGUUCAGAGCGUUGGAGGACGAGUUUAGAUAA